AUGGCUCUCAUCGGCAUCUCGCUGAUAGUCGCCUCCGUCGUGCUCUUCUGCCUCCGGCCGCCAGCAUGGCUGCCGCUUCCAAAUCUUGUCGCCAGCUUCCGUCAUCAGAGAGCGAGGGUCGACAACCCACCGACACACGACACGCCCCUCCGCGAUGCUGCUGACGCUGACUCUGACGGCGACGUCCAUGACGACGGUCAAGCUACCCCCAAGGCCAGCGCAAGCACGACAGACCCCGCCCAUUCCGUCCCCAGCUUCUCGCUGUCCGAACCUCUACCAUCGGCCUCGGCCUCGGCCUCGCAGCCUGCCACCACUUCCUCAGCAGGAACCGGCCCCUCUCCUCCUCCUCCGCCAGCAAUCAAGCCGCCAACUCCGUCCGACCUGAUGCCUCCGCCCCCGCCCCGGCCCCGGGCCCCGGUAUCCCCAUCGACUGUCGGUCCUUCUCCUGCCGCCAUGGCGCCUCCUCCGGUCCCCACGACACAAGCACGCCGCAUACCGACCCUCGCCCCGGCGGCGGGGAACAGCUCUUCUCUCCGCCCCUCACCCGCGCCCUCGCCCUCGCCGAACCGCUCCCUCCCAAUCCCCAGCCGCGCCCCCCGCACCUCUACCCUCGCGCCGCCGCCCACACAUUCCUCGAUACCCACCAAGCCCUCCAGGCAGGUGCACCUGACACCAGGCCACUCCCCGAUGGACUGGGCCCGUCUGGCCCAAUCCCCGACAUCUGACCUGCGCGGCCUGCCUCCCUCCACCCCAUACCUCCGUGUCACGCCCUCGCAGCUUCGCCAGAUGACCGGCCGCAAGGGCAAGGACGCCUGGUCCGUCUUUUCCGGCAAGGUCUACAACAUAUCCCCCUACAUCGGCUUCCACCCCGGCGGUGAGGCGGAGCUGCUCCGCGGCGCAGGUCGUGAUGGCACCCGCAUGUUUGCCGAGGUCCACCCUUGGGUCAACUAUGAGACAAUGCUGAGUGCUUGCUUGAUAGGCGUGCUGGUGGACGAGCAUGAAGUCGAGCACCGUGUGGGAAAGGCAAUGGAGGAGAUGGACUAG